UCCUGCAAGGGCAGCUAGGCGGGGACCAUGAAUGGAUUUAUUCCAGUUGCUCUCACUGGCUCCCACAGCAGAUUUGCAUCUGUGCAACAGGCUGCUGGAGCUGAACCUCCCCUGUGCAUGAAAAGCCUCUGCAGACAUGGCUGGUAAGGUCCAAGCUCUGACUGAAGAGGAGAGGGCCCACAUACUCCCCCUGCUACGCAACGCUCAGUGGGUGGAGGUCGUUGGACGAGAUGCUAUUUACAAAGAGUUUAUUUUCAAAGACUUCAAUCAGGCUUUUGGCUUCAUGUCCAGAGUGGCUUUACAUGCAGAGAAGUUGGACCAUCAUCCUGAGUGGUUCAAUGUCUAUAAUAAGGUCCAGAUAACUCUCAGCACGCAUGACUGUGGAGGGCUGUCCCAACGUGACAUCUCUUUGGCCACCUUGAUUGACCAGGCAUCUCUAAUGCCCAUUCCUGCCAGAGCGCAACGGAGCGAUGCUCCGCCAAGUUCUCAACAAGCGAAGAAAUAAAAUACUGUAAUUGAACUAAUCUGGCUUAAAUUUAAACGUCAUUAAAGAAUAUCUAAUGAUCCAAUAAACCAAACUGUAUGGUCAAAGCUAUAAAACUGAUAUUUUCAGCUUAUUGCGUAUCUGUUUGGAGUUCCCAGUCAAACUUUUUUGGGGGGCAGCAUCGUAUUUAAAUAAAUCGUACAUACACGAUUUACUAAGUGUAUGUGUAUACAAUUAACUUCAAACUGCGCUGAAAUUAAUACCGGGAACACGUCUGACAGUAACUGUUACAUUUGUUUUGCUCCAAAUGAUGAGGGUGCUAAAGCUUUGGCUGUCACACAACCAUAAGGAUGGUUAAUACAGGCAGCAAGUUCAUUUCUUGACAGUGAUCUGAUGGGUUCGCGAUGUUUCAGGGUGUUGGUCAGGUUUCCAAUCAGACUGGUCCAUCAUCACAUGACGUGCAGAGAGGAAAACAGUAAUGUGCGCAUGCAGCACAGUAACUUCAUUAACUGGGAGUAUGGUCAGGUCCUGACCGUAAAUGAGUUUGUGUUCGUCUACACCGUAUUGUACCGCAGUCAAGUGAGCCCUCACAUACGACGUCACAGUCAAGAUAGCCGCACCUAAAAUGUUGUUGCACUAUUCUUACGCAUAUUACGGUACGGGUGCCGAAUGGCUUAGAAACGCGAGUUUCACGAUUUUACUGCUCAAUCCACUUCGACUUUUGAAAUAUUAGCAGUUGAUAUAUAACAAAUUACUUUGAUUCUCACACUGCACAUUAAAAAUAACAAAAAAUGUUAUAUAUUCUGUAAGAGUUGAUAAUAUAUACAAAGCAUUGUCUUCUCACUAUACUGCACAUUUCUGUUCACAUACCUUAUGCCCAACUAAAUAAAAAUUGCUGUACUGUA